AUGCUCGGCGUGGCGUUCUUCGCGACCGGCGUCUGCCUCGUGAAGCUGCGACGGCACGCGAAGCACAGCAACGACUGCUACGACCUCGAGGAGGAGGAGGAGGAGGCGACGACCGCGGAGACGCCCGGCGCGCUUCGUCCGUGUCGCUCGUGCAGCUCCGGGUCGUUGCGAUGCUUCGCGGAGGAUGAGAGCGAGGAGGACGCGAAAGAGUCCGAGGAGACCGCGUGUAAGUUUUGCGACGAGGAGAACGUCUGCCGGUUCUGUUUCAGCGGGCCGGAGCGCGGGGAGCUCAUCUCGCCGUGCUCGUGCGUCGGCUCGCAGGAGUUCGUCCACGUGCACUGCCUGCGUCAGUGGCAGAAGAUCGCGAUGCGCACGAAGGGCAACAGAGAGGAGAACUGCCGCGUGUGUCACGCCAAGUAUCGCCUCCCGAAGCGUCCGCUGCGAUCGCGAGCGAAGCUGUGGUUCUCGUUCAAGGCGAGAGACCGCCUGAACGCGUACUCGCGCGUGUGGUUCCAGUCGCUCAUCAACCUGUUCAUGUCGCAGAACAAACCGGGAACGGUCGCGGGGCACGUUGGGAGGGCCGCGACGAGAGGGUUAGGGCGGCUCGCGCGGUCGAACAGCGCGACGGAGCUCGCGCUGAUGAUGGCGUCCACCGAGGUGAGAAUCUGGGCGGGGCGCGAGGUGCGGCACGGGAAGUCGCGGGUGCAGAUCGUGAAGUUGCUGAGCGCGUUCGGGAGCGCGGUGAACUUCAUCGCGCGGAUGAAACAUCUCGGGGUCGUUUGAUCGACGAGACGACCGACCGAUCGCGCGAUGUGAUCGAUCGAGGAGGACGGGGGGGGGGGGGACGAACUGUAACUGUUCAGACGACGACCGAAGGAUGACGACGACCGAACGACACGAGGGAAACGCUGCUGUUGUAACAAUACGAUGAUACCGCACGAAUC